UCCUUAUCCUUUUCCCUGUCGAACUUAUCCUCUGACAGAAUAAAAAAGCUACCUAAAUCUUAUCAUCAGUUCAUCACCAUCGUUCUUCCACGAAUCACAUCAAAGAUUUUUGUUUUUGAAGCUAACAGAUCGUGCAUGGAUCUUGCUGACCAUGGACACUCAUGAGGUCCAGCCGCCGACGCCUCCGCCGCCGCGCGCCGUCGUCCGGUCUCGGCCGUCGAGCUCGAGCAGCAGCGGCAGCAGCGGCGGCGUGGAGUACACGAGCCUCCGCGACGUGCUGGCCGAGCCCGGGCCAUGCAGCGGCGGCGGCAGCUGCGGCGACGUGAUCGACUUCGACACGUCCAACAUCAACAUCCGCAACCAGCUGCUGAAGCACGCCGCGUCGGCGUACCUCCAGUCCGCCAUCGUCGUCGCGCCGCGGGAACGCGGGUGCCUGAGCAGGCUGUGGCGGAGGCUGCUGCAGCGCCGCCGUUGCCGCAUCCUGCUGCGGCCGUGCGGCUGCGCGUGGCCGGGUUGCGGCGCCGGGGACCCCGCGCACCGCUGCGCCGCGUCCCUGGCUGCCUCGGCGCGCCGCCUCGCCGCCUUCCUCUCCCGUUGCGUCGCUUGCAUGUGGACGUAGCGCAUCGUGCACAUGGAUUCGUGGAACACGCGCGCGUUGCCAACAUGCCAUGGAUUGCACGUAGCAUGCUGGUUUGAUACUUGACAAUAUAUAAUUAAUUACACCAACGGAUUAUUGGAUUGAUGGAGGAGAACAAAUCAAGUGAGUUCAAGAGAAGAUGUCUGCCGUUUGCUGUGUGUGAUCAUUGAUUAGGACUGAUUAACAUCAAAGAAGAAAAUAAAUUAGGACUCAUUCCCGCCCCCGGGUCGGCACCACCAAUGGCAAUAAACAAACCGAGCCAACCAAGAGGAUAAGAAAUAUGUUAUGAGCUGAUUUGUAUUGCAAAGUAGAUGGUGAACAAAUGAUUUAAACUUGUUAUUUUUCA